GUGAUCGUAAACAGGGGCGCACGCACGCAGGACAGCUCUCCUUCGUUCUUCUUCAUGGUGGUUCGGACGCCCGUAGUAUGUAUGAGAAGUUAACCAUGCUGAACCUGCAGAGCGGCUCGAACUGGAGUGGGCCCAACAACUGGUACCAUGACCCCACCGGCGUCCAGACGCAGCACAGCGCAGUGUCUGAGGGCUGUCUGCUGGACACCGAGGGCAGCAUGGGGGGCGAGUCGGGGGGAGGAGGAGCGGGCAGAGGAGGAGGCGUCCCCGUGGAGCGGGACGAGGGCGAGGAGUCUCAGCUGAGGCUGCAGCUCAAGAGGAAGCUGCAGCGGAACCGGACCAGCUUCACUCAGGAGCAGAUCGAGGCUCUGGAGAAAGAGUUUGAACGGACGCAUUACCCAGACGUCUUUGCGAGGGAGAGAUUGGCGAACAAGAUCGAUUUACCUGAAGCGAGGAUACAGGUGUGGUUUUCAAACCGAAGAGCCAAGUGGAGGAGGGAGGAGAAGCUGCGCAACCAACGGAGGUCAGGCGGCGUGACUUCCUGUUCGCAGAGCCAAGCCCCUCUGAGUACUUCAUUCAACACGUCUGUCUACCAUCAGCAGCACGGCAGCAGCUCAGGGUCCAUGUUGAGUCAGGCUGAGUCGUCCCUGCCCAGCUACAGCUCCCUGUCGGUUUUCUCAUCUGGAGUCCAGUCAAUUCCUCCACAGUCGGCCUCCUCCUACUCCUGCAUGUUGCCUCCUUCACCCUCUGCGCCGCGCAGCUUCGAGUCGCCGGCGUACUCCUCCCCUCACCUGCAGACUCCGCCCACAGCCAACUCCAACACAGGGCUCAUAUCGCCCGGGGUGUCGGUGCCGGUCCAGGUCCCGGGGACUGAGCCGCAGAGCAUGAGUCAGAACCUGGGCCAGUACUGGGCCAGAUUACAGUGAGGAACAGACAAUCACCACCAUACCAGAAGAAGAAGGGGGGGAAAAGUAAAAGGGCAUGUAAAAAAAAGACGUGUGAAGAAAUCAAUAUGGGGAUGCAGGUUAUCAGGAGGCACAGGGGCUGAGCUAUAGAGGGACCUCAAAGGGUCACAGAACCCGAAAUGCAUUAAAAUGUUUACAAAAUCAGCCGAGAGCAGCUUUGGUUGCACUUAACAGUACUCCUGUCAUACUGACAUCGUCUCAGUAUUAGCUGUAAGCACUUUUGUUUCCGUUUUCCGUGUUC